AUGCAAGGAAACCUGCAGAGCUACCUCACUGAAGCCAUGGAACGCUUUCAACAAGAUCAGCGGGAACUAAUGUAUCAAGCUAUCUACCCAAGUCAGAGGAUAAAGCCUGCAAUAAUCCGCGAAACAUAUACACCGGAUGUCGAGAUGGAAUCGGUGCGAUCGUAUAUCAGUCUAUCGGAUUGUGUUGAUCCUGAAGAUGCUGAUACCGACGAUUCUGGCCAAGAUGAGCGGCGACGUGCGAUGGUGGCCAAUACAGAAACGUUUAAGAAGGGUGGUGGAAUUCCCCAGCGUAUUCGGGUGUCAGCAAUGACGGAGCUGAAGAGAUUCAGUGGAAAAGAUCGAGAUCGAAGCUGGAUCAGCAAGGUCAAGUCGGCAUUUUUGCGCGAUCAGGCACCAGAUGAAGAAAAGUGCUUGGUGUUCGACGACCUGUUGACGGGACCCGCACGAAAUGGUACAACCAGCUGA